UUUUUUGGAUAUCCGUGUAACAUGGAUCUGGUGACAAACUUGUGAUGUCACCAAACCAGCAUCGACAGUCCACCGAAAAUCAGCACUGCCAGUUGCUCUCAUUCUUCCUUGGAAAAGACUGCUCAAACAACAGGGACUAGACAAACCAGAUCCGCCGCUCUCUAAUACAACGCCAAGAUGUCCCUCUCCGGCUGGGUGUGUGUAGUUACUGGUGCCUCCAGGGGCAUCGGCAGAGGAAUAGCACUCCAGCUGUCUGAGGCCGGAGCUACUGUCUACAUCACAGGACGGCAAGAGAAAACCCUCAAACAAACUGCUGCUGAGGUGACUGAGAGAGGUGGGAAGGGCGUUCCAGUGAUCUGUGAUUCCACAAAAGCGGAAGACAUCAAGGCACUUUUUGAAAGGAUCAAACAAGAGCAGGAUGGCAGACUGGACAUCUUGGUGAACAAUGCCUACGCUGGAGUUCAGGAUAUUUUUGACAACAUGGGUAAGAAGUUCUGGGAAACCGAUCCGUCUAUUUGGGAUUCUAUCAACAACACAGGCCUGAGGGGGCACUACUUUUUCUCAGUUUAUGGAUCUCGAUUGAUGGUGGCCCAAGGCCAUGGAUUUAUAGUGACCGUUUCAUCUAUGGGCGGAUUGCAUUACCUCUUCAACGUAGCGUACGGGGUUGGUAAAGCUGCUUGUGACAGGCUGGCAGCUGACAUGGCGGUUGAGCUGAAAAGCAGAGGAGUGACCUCCAUCAGUCUGUGGCCAGGACCGGUACAAACAGAGCUUAUAUCGCAGCUGAUAAUACAGAAAGAUGCACCGCAGGGUUUGAAUCCCAAGUAUAAAGAUGUGUUCGCCAAUGGGGAAACUACAGAACUAAGUGGGAAGUGCAUCGUCAGCCUGGCUAAUGAUAAAAAUCUGAUGUCCCUGACUGGGAAGGUGCUCAUGACGUGUGACCUGGCCAGACGAUAUGGCAUUAAAGAUGUUGAUGGGCGGGAUGUAACAGAUUUUACGUCCCUAAAAUUCCUCCUGACCCAGGUCCCGUACCUCUCCUGGCUUUCAGCAGUCAUCCCCUCGUUUCUUCGCCUGCCUCGCUUUGUGCUCACGCUGGCUAACGGACGCUUCUGAUGGGUUCCCUCAUCACUCUCCACAACGCCAUACUGUACAGUUUUAAUAUCUGUGCUAAGCAACUCCAUGAAUGACAAAAAUUUUCCUUUUUUUCUUUUUUUUUUGGGGGGGAAAGACAUAGUCUUGACUCAGUCAGAUUGCAAAUAAGGAUAUUAUUUAAUGUUGAAGAUGUGCUAAAAUUGUAUCAGUGAAAAGGUCCACAUGAAGUAAGCUUAACGUUAGCACUGAUGUCAGCCAAAGGUGAACCUUCCCAAUGUGAUUGUAACAACACUAACUGUGCAGUUUAAAGAAGUCCUUUUGAACUAACCGCUGAAUGUAUUUCAUUACUAUUGUGGAAGAAAGAAAAACAGGAACUGGUGUUUCUCUGGGGUGUCAGACAUGAGCUCCUUCUGCCUGAAGAUGUUUGAAAGAUAAAAAUGUGAAGUUUAACCCAAUCAGCUGAAAAGAAGUGUGAUUUUACAUUGAAUGUAGAGUUUUAGUGUCAUGUUUAGCCUGCUCUCAUACUUAAUCUCUGCC